UUACAUUUUGAAGACUCGUAUAAGCAAAUUCCUAGUGAAUGUGAUGAUUUUGACGAUUGUCAGUCGUAUCCUUGUAUUCAUGGUAAAUGCAAAGAUUUGUUGAAUAAUUUUGAAUGUAUUUGUACCCGUGGAUUCACUGGAAGCAAAUGUGAAAUUAAUAUGGAUGACUGUCAAAUGAGUGUCUGUGAAAAUAACUCAACUUGCAUUGACGGAAUCGGUAACUACACCUGUGGCUGUCCAAAAGGCUAUAGGGGCACAUUCUGCGAAGUUCAAGUUGUCGAUGGUUCAUGGAGAAGCUGGGGUGAAUGGUCGUCCUGUUCAGUGACUUGUGGAAACGGGACACAACAUAGAUCGAGAGUCUGCAAUGACCCAGCUCCAAAUAACGGGGGACUAGAUUGCCUUGGUAGCAACACAGAGAGACAGACUUGCAAUAACACAACAUGUCCAGUUUGCAGCCAGUUGAUGGUAUCAGAACAUGCUCUGUUAGACUGUGUCAACGAUACAAAGAACUUGAAUUGUACAAUUGAGUGUGAAAAUGGCUACGAUUUUGAUCACGAAACAAAACCUUUUUACCUAUGUGGUGAGGAUACUUUCUACAUGUGGGAUUUUCAAACCGAAGAUAAUCCUGAUGGAAAGACUCCUGUCUGUUCUGAAAUCCUUGAGAGUUCCCAGCUCAGUGUUUCAUAUUCCGCUUUCUAUAAAAAUCUUGUGUGUGACGAAACCUUCAAGAAAGCACAGGAAAAAGUAAAAUAUGCAAUAGAUAAUGGUCUGAAACAGCUAGAAUGUUUUCAAAAUAGCAUAUGUUCUAAGGAAAAUGUAAAUAUCACUCCAUGUAAACAUCGAAACAAGAGGUCGACAGGUGUGGAAAAUGUAGGGUUCAUGGUAAAAAUGAACUGUGAUCCUACAAAAUAUGACUCGGACACGUGUUAUGCUAACCUUGUUAAUUCUGUGAACAACUUACAUGCCUUGGCCAUUAAUCAUUCCAUGGAUAUUGAGGUCUAUGGCGAGCAAUUUGAAAUAGACGUUGAAAAGGCUAACGCACAAAGCGAAGUCAAUUGCCCCGAGGGAACUGCAGUCGUCAAAUACUAUUGUGUUAAAUGUUCUCCAGGGAGAUUCUAUAAAGACGGCACGUGUGAGAAGUGUGACUAUGGUAGUUACCAGGAGAAAGAAGGACAACUGUCGUGUACACAAUGUCCACUAGGGCUGACAACUCCUGGAAGAGGAUCACGGCACCAACAAGAAUGUUCUGUGAAGAAAGUCACUAAAGUCGAAAAAGAAUCAUCACACUAUCUAUUCAUGAUAGUUGGAGGGGGUAUUGCUGGCUUUCUGUCCUUGCUCUUUAUUGCAACAAUAAUCAUAAUUAAUUGUAAAAGAAGGUAA